GCGCGCAAGGGGAGCGAUAGCAGAAGUUAGAGACUCGCCGAGGGGGGAGCCCGAGCCGCAGCUUCCUGCCCCCGGCCCAGCCCUCUGUCCCCGGCGGCCUGCUGCCUGACUUCCUCCCCCCACCCCGCAGCUCGCUGCCCCGCUGCUCGGACGGGCCACCGCGAUGGGACACCGCGCCCUGGCCCCUGCGCGCCGCUGAGCCGAGCUCCCGCGUCGCUGAGCGCCCAUCACAGCUGCCAGCCGCUGCUCACCUCGCCCCCCCAGGCCUGGAGCCUCCUCCCCCGCCCCCCGGAAAGCUGGAUUUCCGAGGCUGGAAGCGCCUGGCCGGCUGGGUGGGGACCACCAUGGGCAACGCGGCCGGCAGCGCGGAGCCGCCCGCGGGCUCCGCCGCACCGUCACCCAAGCAGCCUGCUGCACCCAAGCAGCCGAUGCCCGCGGCAGGAGAGCUGGAGGAGAGGUUUAACCGGGUCCUGAACUGCAUGAACUUGCCCCCGGACAAGGUCCAGCUGCUGAGCCAGUAUGACAAUGAGAAGAAGUGGGAGCUCAUCUGUGACCAGGAGCGGUUUCAAGUCAAGAACCCCCCCGCGGCCUACAUCCAGAAGCUGAAGAGCUACCUGGAAACUGGUGGGGUCAGCCGAAAGGUAGCAGCGGAUUGGAUGUCCAACCUGGGGUUUAAGAGGCGAGUUCAGGAGUCCACUCAGGUGCUGCGGGAGCUGGAGAUCUCCCUGAGGACAAACCACAUUGGGUGGGUGCAGGAGUUUCUCAAUGAGGAGAACCGUGGCCUGGACGUGCUCCUGGAGUACCUGGCCUUUGCCCAGUGCUCUGUCACGUACGACAUGGAGAGCACAGACAAUGGCACCCCCAGCUCAGAGAAGAGCAAGCCCCUGGAGCAGUCCGUGGAAGAUCUCAGCAAGGGCUCCCCACCAUCCUUGGCGUCACAGCCCAAGAGUCGCCACCUGACCAUCAAGUGCCCCCCUUCUCCCCGGUUGACCCCGGCCCACAGCAGGAAGACCCUGCGGAACUCCCGCAUCGUCAGCCAGAAGGAUGACGUCCACGUGUGCAUCAUGUGCUUGCGAGCCAUCAUGAACUACCAGUCUGGCUUCAGCCUCGUCAUGACCCACCCAGCCUGUGUCAAUGAGAUCGCUCUGAGUCUCAACAACAAGAACCCCAGAACCAAGGCCCUGGUGCUGGAGCUGCUGGCGGCCGUGUGCCUGGUGCGGGGAGGGCACGACAUCAUUCUCGCGGCCUUUGACCACUUCAAGGAGGUGUGUGGGGAGCAGCACCGCUUUGAAAAGCUGAUGGAGUACUUCCGGAACGAAGACAGCAACAUCGACUUCAUGGUAGCCUGCAUGCAAUUCAUCAACAUUGUGGUACACUCAGUGGAGAACAUGAACUUCCGUGUCUUCCUACAAUAUGAGUUUACCCACCUGGGCCUGGACUUGUACUUGGAGAGGCUGCGGCUCACGGAGAGCGACAAGCUGCAAGUGCAGAUCCAGGCCUACCUGGACAAUGUCUUCGACGUGGGCGUGCUGCUGGAGGACACGGAGACCAAGAACGCUGUGCUGGAGCACAUGGAGGAGCUGCAGGAGCAGGUGACCCUGCUGACAGAGCGGCUUCGGGACGCGGAGAACGAAUCCAUGGCCAAGAUCGCCGAGCUGGAAAAGCAGCUAAGCCAGGCCCGAAAGGAGCUGGAGACCCUGCGGGAGCGCUACAGCGAAUCCAAUGGCAUGGGCGUCUCCAGGCGUCCGCCUGAGCCUGAGAAAGUGCCUGGCACUGCCCCUGUGAGGCCCUCCGCCCUAGAGCUGAAGGUGGAGGAGCUGGAGGAGAAGGGGUUAAUCCGUAUCCUGCGGGGGCCCGGGGAUGCAGUCUCCAUCGAGAUCCUCCCAGUCACCGUGGCAACUCCAAGCGGCAGUGACGCCCCAACUCUGGGAGUGCCCACCGGUUCCCCCAGCCCAGCAGAGACGGUUCCCGAAGCAGCAGCCCCGCCCCCACCACCCCCGCUGCCUGGACAAUCCUCCCAGCAGGAAGCCGCACUCGGGGCGCCCCCAUUGGCCCCGCCCCUCCCAGGCAGCUCGGAGCCCCCGCCACCUCCACCGCUGCCAGGCCUAUCGCCCCCACCGCCACCGCCGCCACCACCACCGCCGCCUCCUGGCACAGAUGGGCUGGUGCCUCCGCCACCCCCACCGCCUCCGGGAGGUCCCCCUGAUGCUGUCGGAGGGCCCAACCCAGACAUGGGUACCGGGGUGAAGGCCAAGAAACCGAUCCAGACCAAGUUCCGAAUGCCACUCUUAAACUGGGUGGCCCUGAAACCCAACCAGAUCACGGGUACUGUCUUCACUGAGCUCAAUGAUGAGAAGGUGCUGCAGGAGCUGGACAUGAGUGACUUUGAGGAGCAAUUCAAGACUAAAUCCCAAGGUCCCAGCCUGGACCUGGGCGCUCUCAAGAGUAAAGCAGCCCAGAAGGCCCCCAGCAAGGCCACACUCAUUGAGGCCAACCGGGCCAAGAACCUGGCCAUCACCCUGCGCAAGGGCAACCUGGGGGCUGACCGCAUCUGCCAGGCCAUCGAGACGUACGACCUCCAGGCCCUCGGCUUGGACUUCCUGGAGCUGCUGACCCGCUUCCUGCCCACGGAGUAUGAGCGCAGCCUCAUUGCCCGCUUUGAGAAGGACCAGCGGCCAGUGGAGGAGCUGUCAGAGGAGGAUCGCUUCAUGCUGCGCUUCAGCCGCAUCCCGCGCCUGCCAGAGCGCAUGACCACGCUGACCUUCCUGGGCAACUUCCCGGAUACUGUCCAGCUGCUCAUGCCGCAACUGAAUGCCGUCAUUGCAGCCUCAAUGUCCAUUAAGUCCUCCGACAAACUCCGCCAGAUCCUGGAGAUCGUCCUGGCCUUUGGCAACUACAUGAACAGCAGCAAGCGCGGGGCGGCCUAUGGCUUCCGGCUCCAGAGUCUGGAUGCGCUGCUGGAGAUGAAGUCGACGGACCGAAAGCAGACACUGCUGCACUACCUGGUGAAGGUCAUUGCUGAGAAGUACCCACAGCUCACAGGCUUCUACAGUGAACUGCACUUCCUGGACAAAGCAGGCUCAGUGUCCCUGGACAGUGUCCUAGGUGAUGUACGUGCCCUGCAGCGAGGCAUGGAAUUGACCCAGCGGGAGUUUGUGCGGAAGGAUGACUGCUUGGUGCUCAAGGAGUUCCUGAGGGCCAACUCACCUACCAUGGACAAGCUGCUGGCGGACAGCAAGACAGCUCAGGAGGCCUACGAGUCUGUGGUGGAGUACUUCGGGGAAAACCCCAAGACCACGUCCCCGUCCAUGUUCUUUUCCCUCUUUAGCCGCUUCGUCAAGGCCUACAAGAAAGCUGAGCAGGAGGUGGAACAGUGGAAGAAAGAAGCUGCUGCUCAGGAGGCAGGCACUGAGACCCCGGGCAAAGGGGAGCCCCCAGCAACCAAGUCCCCACCCAAGGUCCGGCGGCAACAGAUGGACCUCAUCUCUGAGCUGAAACGGAAGCAGCAGAAGGAGCCCCUCAUCUAUGAGAGUGACCGUGAUGGGGCCAUUGAAGACAUCAUCACAGAUCUUCGGAAUCAGCCCUACAUCCGCGCAGACACAGGCCGCCGCAGCGCUCGCCGGCGACCCCCUGGACCCCCAGUGCAGGUCACCUCGGACCUUUCUCUGUAGCUGCUAUUUCUGCGGAUGGACUUUGGGGGGUGGGGGAGGGGGCUAGCCUGGGCACACGGAAGGGGGUCCUCAGCUCGGCUGGGCCGGGCAACCCCUCUGCCAAUGUCCCCUGCUGUGAGCCCACCUCAAAAGGGCCUGCAAACCCUCAUCUUGCUACAGGGGACAGGAUCACUGGCCCUUCCCCCCAAACGCUGCUUGCAGCACCCCUCUCCCCCGAAUAGCCAUACUGUACUUAGCCUCAGCGGGAGACUGGCCCGUAACUUAUAAAGUGCAACUCACCCCUACCCGGCCUCCGGGGACUCUCCAUGGAACUUAUUUUUAUACAAGAUUAAUAAAGAUGUUUGCAAAAGA